AUAUAAAGACUGUUUAGUUGUUCCGUUGCCUCGGAUCGAUGAGUAUGUUAUUCCGGAUUUAAAGCGAAGACGAUCGAAAAAAGUUAUAUUCUCGAAAAUUUAAUAUUAAGACUAAAUUUAGAAAAGUGUUCAAGAACAAUGUCGGAAUUAUUACUUUUCACGUAUAUCAGCUUCUGUAUCAUUUUCGUAGUACGGUCACAUCCAUUGGAACAGAACAUUUCAGAUAACACGAUUUUAACAUCGUUAAAUCAUCUAAGGGAUAACAAAACGGAAUUGUAUUGUCCAUGCUUGAGAAAUAUAACAUCCUCGACACAAAUUAACAACAACCCGAUCUAUCUUCCGAUAAUUCACGGUACGAUUUGGAAAUGCAAUUUUGUUGGGAAUAAACUUAUGCGAGACGAUUAUUAUUAUUUUCCUGGAAUUGGUUCACACAAAUUACAUACGAGAGCAAAGACUUGGAACGAGGCGAGAAAAAUCUGCAUUGAGGAGGGUGGUCACUUGGCUAUUAUCAAUUCCAUUGCUGAAGCUAAUAUACUUUUGAAUUUAUUUAACCAAUCCGGUCCUAUCAAGGGUGCUACUAAUAACAAUAUAAUCUUGUUGGGAAUUCAUGAUCUCUAUACUGAAGAUGACUGGGUGACGAUACAAGGUGAUUCCUUGGCAAAAAGUGGUUACAAUGCCUGGACUGACAGAUGGGGAGGUCAACCUGAUAAUACAAAUGGCGUACAAAAUUGUGGAGCCCUGUUAGAAGAUGCGGACGACGAUGCUUUUGUUUCUGCUCGAUCGCCGUUUCACUGGAAAUAAAAGAAAGGUUCUCUCGCGAAAGCCAUGAACGUAAAAAGGAGACAACAACCACCUAGAGAAAUACCUAAAGGAAAGUUACCAAUUAUGGGAAAGUAUUCUAAUUUAAAAGUAUGUCUAUCUACAUAUAAAAAUAGUCCUCUCUAUCAUC